UUUAACCCACAUUGUCAUCCACUAUCUCUGUCUCUAAAAAAACACUUUACUUCGAUUACCCCACCCCAUUCGAGGUGUACACUCUGUGCAAUAAGCAUUUUUCUAAGGGCAAUCUGCUCUCCACUUCACCUUCCAUGACUGCCAUGGCCGAUAUCGCCGGCCUCAAGCUGGCCUUCUGCCCCAACACCGCCGUUGGUCCUUUCUCCUCCAAGCCCCUUUCAUUUUCAUCACCCACCUUACAUCCUAAUAAAGUGUCCUUUCGCUUCAAGUUCUCUACAAUGCAUGCGAUUUCCAGCAAUGAUAUUAAAAUUGGCAGCAACAUUGAAGUGGAUGGAGGUCCUUGGAAGGUUACGGAAUUUCAACAUGUUAAACCUGGCAAAGGAGCUGCAUUUGUGAGAACCACUUUGCGGAACUAUCUCACCGGAAACACAGUCUCGAAAACAAUCCGAGCUGGUAGCAAGGUAGAAGAAGCAGAUAUUCUAAAGGAAACAAAACAAUUCACAUAUAAAGAUGGUUCCCAGUUUGUGUUCAUGGACCUGAGUACUUAUGAUGAGUUCCGCCUCAAUGAGUCAGAUGUUGGGGAUAAAGCGAAGUAUUUGAAAGAGGGCAUGGACUGCAAUUUGCUUUUCUGGAAGGGAAAAGUUAUUGACUUUGAGCUCCCAAUCACAGUGAAGUUAAUAGUAGUUGAUGUUGAUCCUGGUAUUAGAGGAGAUACAGCCCAAGGUGGAUCAAAACCAGCUACCCUUGAUACCGGGGCUAUUGUUAACGUUCCAUUGUUCAUUGAUAAAGGAGAGGAGAUUGUGGUGGACACUAGAACCGGGUUAUACAUGAGUCGAGCAUAGUAGGCUGCAUGCUGCUUGGGAAAAGGCCUGCGAUGACAAGAAGAUCUCCAGCAACUAUGAUUCUAUGAAUCAUCCAGGCAAAGUUGGGACCGUGAGAGGUUCAAAGGUAGGAUUGAGGUGAAAACGAGGCAUGCAUGGAUAAUUUGGGAAUCAUGGCCCUAUUAGCGUUUGACUGAAUGUAAAUGCAAAAUCGUUUGACCUUUUUAUUUUAACUGAAGCCACUUCAUCUAUAAAAGGCUACCCAUACAAUGAUUAAUUAUAUUUAGAAAUUUUAGCCCAUUUUAGGUGACUGUGACAAACAUAGCUCCUACCUCACUACCUCUGUCUUGAGAUUAAGACACGGUGUUUGGCAUAAAUAUUAAGAAAAAGUGAGAUUGUGCUGUUGCAUAAUAUUGAAUCUGUAAAAGUAGGAAUGC